GUGAAAUUUUCUUUCAUUGCCGCAAAUCUGUGAAGUGGACGGCCGAGUCAUACCUCCGAAAAGAGUAGACCGCCCGCCUUUUAAAUGGACUCCACCCACUUUUCCUGCCUAUGACUCUUUUCCUGCAUUCCUUUUUUUACCUCCCGGAUAUUUCAUAUAAACAUUAGAUCGUUUGGCCUGUGACUCACUCGUCUUUUUCUCCCAUCCAACUUCUAGAUUUGACCCCACUAUCUAUAGAUAUCGUCACAAUGUGCCCCGGUGCAGACAACGAGCCCAAUGGGCAUACGGCCCCUGCCAAUGGCAAUGGCGAACACCCCGGCUUCACUGGUAUCGAGACUCGCCAGAACCCUCACCCCUCCGCCUCCCGGAACCCCUACGGCCACAACGUUGGUGUGACCGACUUCUUGAGUAAUGUCUCCCGGUUUAAGAUCAUUGAGAGCACCCUCCGUGAAGGUGAACAGUUCGCCAAUGCUUUCUUUGAUACCGAAAAGAAGAUUGAAAUCGCUAAGGCUCUGGAUGACUUCGGUGUCGACUACAUCGAACUUACCAGCCCUUGUGCCUCUGAGCAGUCAAGACUUGACUGCGAGGCCAUCUGCAAGCUCGGCUUGAAGGCCAAGAUUCUUACUCACAUUCGAUGCCACAUGGACGAUGCCCGUGUUGCCGUCGAGACUGGUGUUGAUGGAGUUGAUGUCGUCAUUGGUACUUCGUCCUACCUCCGUGAGCACUCUCACGGCAAGGAUAUGACCUACAUCAAGAACACUGCUAUUGAAGUUAUCGAAUACGUCAAGUCCAAGGGCAUCGAGAUUCGAUUCUCUAGUGAGGACUCCUUCCGUUCUGACCUCGUCGACCUCUUGUCCAUCUACUCCGCCGUUGACAAGGUUGGUGUGAACCGUGUUGGUAUUGCCGAUACCGUCGGCUGCGCUUCUCCUCGCCAGGUUUACGAGCUAGUUCGUGUCCUGAGGGGUGUUGUUGGCUGCGACAUUGAGACCCACUUCCACAACGACACUGGCUGUGCCAUUGCCAACGCUUACUGUGCCCUGGAGGCUGGUGCCACUCACAUCGAUACCUCCGUUCUCGGUAUCGGUGAGCGUAACGGUAUCACCCCUCUUGGUGGUCUCAUGGCUCGUAUGAUGGUUGCCGACCCUGCCUACGUCAAGGGCAAGUACAAGCUGGAGAAGCUCAAGGACAUUGAGGAUCUCGUGGCCGAGGCGGUUGAGGUCAACAUUCCUUUCAACAACUACAUCACCGGUUUCUGUGCUUUCACCCACAAGGCUGGUAUCCAUGCCAAGGCCAUCCUGAACAACCCCAGCACCUACGAGAUCAUCAACCCUGCCGACUUCGGCAUGACCAGAUACGUUCACUUCGCCUCUCGUUUGACUGGCUGGAACGCUAUCAAGUCUCGUGCUCAGCAACUCAAGAUUGAGAUGACUGACAGCCAAUACAAGGAGUGCACGGCUAAGAUCAAGGCUCUUGCUGAUAUCCGUCCUAUCGCCGUUGACGAUGCCGACAGUAUCAUCCGUGCCUACUACCGUAACCUCAAGUCGGGUGAGAACAAGCCUCUCCUUGAUCUGACGGCUGAUGAGCAGGCUCAAUUUGCUGCCAAGGAGAAGGAGCUUGCUGCUUCUGGUGUAGUGGCUUAAACGGUGCCCGCUUAUCUUGGUUCAAAUCUUUUCGCCUCCCUUUCUAUCUCCUUUCCCUUUUGUGUUUCUUAUUUCCCCUUUGCAUUUCGGAAUUUUAUCUUUGGAUUAAAGGGCCCAAUGUUUUAGAACUUUCAUAUCUCAGCGGCUCCCGACGAAGAUGCGAUUUUUUCAUGAUUUGAUGUUUAUUUAUGCGUCUUGGGCUUCAUCGUUAUCGGGUAUUCAAAAGUCUUGUCCAUGGAUGUGAAAAAGGAAGGAGAGACUGGUGUUUGGAACGCGUUGGUCUGGAGGAGCUUGUAUAUAAGCAGACUUAAAAGGACUGCAUUUUUCCUCUGAUAAACUUAACGCAGAAAAUUAUUUCGUCAUUGAUUUAUGUCUUAUUGGCUGUUCG